UUUGGAUCAAAAAUCAUUCCUCAUUUUACAGAAAAACUAACGUGAGAACAGUGAGAAGCGAAAUGGCGAUUUCCACGGCGAUUCUUCUCCGAUCUCCGCCGUGAUUUUUCUUCGGUCUACAUCUCGCUUCUUCUUCUCCACCGCGCUUCUUCUUCUCCACCGUGCUUCUUCUUCUCUGUGGUUUUUUCAGGUAGAAGGAUUUGAAGUAGUAUGAAAAACACUAGCCACCGUCCACGUUUCACUGCUCCUGCCUCCUCAUUUGUUGCGCCUGCAGCCUCUUCAUCAGUCGCGCAUGCCUCCUCCUCGGUCGUCGCUCCUGCUUCUUCUGGUGCGCCUGCCACUGCUGCUGAUGCUACACAGAAAGAGUGUUUUCUUAAUUUCUGUAAUGAACUAAGAGACAAGAACUACUUAAGUGACUCGAGGGAUGUGCUUGUUGAAGAGAAAGUUGCUACAUUCUUAUUCAUAAUUGGUCAUAAUGUUCGUCAUAGAGUUGCUUCAAACCGUUUUCAACAUUCCACAGAAACAAUCUCACGCAAUUUCAAGGAAGUAUUAAGGGCAGUGUGUCGAUUAGGAAAAGAACUGAUAAAGCAAGAGUCUAUGGAGUUGCCUAGUAGAAUUAAGAAUAAUCCAAAAUAUUAUCCUUGGUUCAAGAAUUGCAUAGGUGCAAUUGAUGGUACACAAAUAAGUGCAUGGGCUCCUGCUGAGAAACAAAUUUCAUGUAGAGGUAGAAAGGCAACAAUCACUCAGAAUGUCAUGUGUGCUUGUGAUUUCAACAUGAUAUUUACAUAUGUAUAUUCGGGGUGGGAAGGAAGUGCACAUGAUUCUAAAGUUUUACUUGAUGCAAUUACAAAUCCAAAUGCAGGAUUUCCUUGGCCACCUAAAGGUUCAUUUUAUCUUGUUGAUUCUGGGUAUCCAUGUACCGGAGGUUUUCUUCCCCCUUAUAGAGGUGAAAGAUAUCAUGCACAAGAAUAUCGAGGUCAAGGUAGACAACCAAAAAGUCCAGAAGAGUUAUUUAACUACAGGCACUCGUCUUUAAGGAUGACAAUAGAGCGUUGUUUUGGGGUGUUGAAAAACAGAUUUCCUAUUUUAAAGUUAAUGCCUUCCUACAAACCUUCAAGGCAAAGACUCAUAGUAACUGCUUGUUGUGCUAUUCACAAUUACAUACGCAAGUGGAAUUUGCCUGAUGAGUUGUUUAGGAUAUGGGAGGAAAUGGAUGAUAUAGAACUUGAGGCGGUGAACGAGGUUCCUAACCUUGAAGGGAGCUCGAAUGUUGAAAACUUAACAAGGUUAUCUAAUGAAGGUGCAACUGAGAUGGCAAUGGAUAGGAAUCAUCUUAGAGAUAGGAUGUGGGUACAUCGUCAUAAUUAAUCGAACUAAUUACAUUUUUUUUUAAAUUUUCUUAUAUGCAACAAUGGAGUAUGGAGUUUUGUUAGUUAUUUUGCGGA